UGCUCCACUGACAGCUGUUAGCGUCCGUUUUCACCGGCGAGCUAGCAGAGUCCAAGUUCUCUCACCUCACCUACCCGGAGUCCCUGCUGCGAAACCAUGGCGAGUCCUCUCCUGCUGCUCGUCUUCCUGUUUCUCACCCACGCCUCGGCGGCAGAGUACGGGGAGGAGCUGCUGCGGCGCGCGUGGGGGGAGCGGGAGUGGAUGGUGAGCGCGCGGCGCCGCAUCCACGCGCACCCGGAGCUCGCGUUCCGGGAGCACCGCACCAGCGCCCUCGUCCGCGAGGAGCUCGAGCGCCUCGGAAUCCGCAACCGCGCCGUCGCGGGGACGGGCGUGGUCGCUGAUGUUGGCUCGGGCGCGCCCCCCUUCGUCGCGCUCCGCGCCGACAUGGACGCGCUCCCGCUCCAGGAAUUAGUGGAGUGGGAGCACAAGAGCAAAGUGGACGGGGUGAUGCACGCCUGCGGGCAUGAUGUGCACACCGCGAUGCUCCUGGGGGCAGCAAAGUUGCUCAGUCAGCGUAAGGAUCAGCUCAAGGGAACAGUGAGACUCCUUUUUCAGCCUGCUGAAGAAGGUGGUGCUGGUGCAUCUCAUAUGAUAAAAGAAGGCGCUCUUGAUGGCGUCGGAGCCAUUUUUGCCAUGCAUGUCGAUUAUCGGAUACCAACUGGAGUAAUAGCAGCUCAUCCAGGACCUACGCAAGCCGCUGUGUGUUUCUUUGAAGCCAAAAUAGAAGGUAAAACUGGGUUGGCUGAAACCCCACACUUAAAUGUGGACCCUAUCGUUGCUGCAUCAUUCACCAUCCUGUCCCUACAGCAGCUCAUUUCCAGAGAAGAUGAUCCUCUUCACAGCCAAGUGGUCUCGGUUACUUAUGUCAAAGCUGGAAAUGCCCUUGAUGCUACCCCUGCAAUUGUUAAUUUUGGAGGUACUUUGAGGAGCAUCACUACUGAAGGCCUUUACCGUCUGCAGAAAAGGGUUAAAGAGGUGGUAGAAGGGCAGGCUGCGGUGCAUAGAUGCAAGGGAGCUGUCGAGAUAAAGAGUGAGGACUACCCGAUGUACCCUGCUGUUGUGAACGACGAGGAGCUGCAUCGCCACGUAGAGGAUGUCGGCAGGCGCCUGCUUGGCCCGGACAAGGUGAAGCCCGGAGAGAAGAUCAUGGCGGGCGAAGACUUCGCUUUCUACCAGCAGCUAGCUCCUGGUGUUAUGUUUGGCAUCGGAAUUAGAAACGAGGAAGCUGGCUCCAUCCACCCAGCUCACAACUCUCAUUUCUUCGUUGAUGAGGAUGUCAUUCCAAUUGGGGCAGCUCUGCAUACUGCCAUAGCGGAACUGUAUCUCUCUGAGGCAUCUACUCUGAACGGAGGGGACUUGCAGUCGCAUUGAUGAUAUCUAGUCCAACAGAUGGGUUGAAAAUAUACAAGUACCCAAAGAUAGCAUUGACCACA